UGUGGCCAUUUUCUUCAGCACUAUUAUUACUCCUAGAGAUUCUACAGCUCCAGCGCCUCCACUUAGCCCUACAGGUUACAUGGGCUCCCCUGAACUGCACUGGCACAACCAACCACUAUGAAGAACAUUACUGUCAUGGGAAAAUGCAAACAAUGUGAAGGCAGAAGCACAGAGGAUGGACUCUAAUACCCAGACUGAGACGGCGGCGGCCUGGAGCUGUCAGUCCCAUGAACCUCUCUAAGCCCGAAGCCCCGUGUCCUCCCAGGUUCGUGGAGAGAGAGGCUGGAAUGCAGAGACACCCCUGCUGCCCCCUGCCUGACGCAGGAGAAACCUCUGCCGGCUUCGAGAGCAGGCCCAACAUGUGCAGCACCAGCCCGAGUGACCUGGAAGAAAUCCCCCUGGAUGAUGAUGACCUAAACAGCCUAGAAUUCAAAAUCCUGGCCUUCUAUGUCAGACACCAUGUCUUCAAGAGAACCCCUGCCACCUUCUCGCCCAAGCUGUUGAGAACAAGAAGUUUGUCCCAGAAAGGAGUGGAGAGUGGCUCAACAAAUGAGUCAUGGACACAGGUGUCGUGGCCCUGCAGAAACUCCCGCUCCAGUGAGAAGUCAAUAAAUCUUGGCAAGAAAAAGUCUUCAUGGAAAGCACUCUUUGGAGUAUUGGAGAAGGAGGAAGACGAGCAGGACUUGUCUGAGCUGUUCCAUUUCCAGGGGCCUCCGAGUGCUGUUUCCCCUCAAGGGUCCAGGUCCCUCUCCGCCGUGGAGCAGCAAGGAAAGAAUGAAGACGUGGACCCCAAAGUUGCUUCCAUUGCCAACCGAGUUGCUAAAAUCGUUUAUUCCUGGCCACCACCAGAAGCGCCAUGCCAGGGGAAAAGCUCUGGUGCCAAGUGGGUAAAACAGGCUCUCCACGCCCAACUGCAAGGCGGUGGGCCUGGAGCUCCAAGUUCUAAGAAAGAUGAAGAAGACCAAAUAAUAGCCAAGCUUGUCGAGCUUCUGAAAUAUUCAGGAGAUCAGUUGGAAAAAGAGCUGAAGAAGGACUCAGGUUUGAUGAGUAACUUCCAGGAGGGACUGUCCUACUCCGUCUUCAAGACCAUCACAGACCAGUUCCUAAAGGGUGUGGACACCAGAGGAGAAUCAGAGGUGAAAGCUCGGGGCUUUAAGGCUGCCCUUGCAAUAGACGCCAUGGCCAAGCUCACAGCUAUUGACAAUCACCCAAUGAACAGGGUGCUGGGCUUUGGAGCCAAGUACCUGAAAGAGAACUUCUCACCCUGGGUCCAGCAGCAUGGCGGAUGGGAAAAUAUACUUGGGAUACACGAAGAAGUAGACUGAAAUAUCAGACGAUGUGUCAUCUGGAAUACUCAUUGCGCGACUGCGGCUCUGUGCGCGUCUCGGCAUUAGACCGUGGGAGGAAAUAAAAAUACACCAGGCAGAUGGAGCAUUGAACUUUUCAAAACUGGUCCUCCUGUGACUUGGAGGCAUCAGGAGAGGCUCUGCUCAUCCCCAGCUCACAGCCCGUCAGAGCUCAGCCCCUCCACUGGGUGUCAGAACUCUCUGAGAUAAGUGGUCAUCUUCCUCCCCAAUGUCCAUCCUGCAGAUGUGUGUUACACAUGUCUGCUGACAUCAUGAGGGCGAAAUGAUAAACUGUGCACGUACUGCCUCUUCAGUUUCUAGCAUUAUUUAUUUUUUUAACCUCUAUUUAUAAGGACACUCUUCCAGGCUUACCUUUGGGAAAAUGUUGCUGAUGUUCAUAAACAAAGCUUAAAGAAA